AUGUCGUCCUCUUCGCCUCUGUCCUGUCGUCAGGUCGAAGCGCAAGACUCAUCCGAGGCACUCAAGCUGGCACAUGGACAAGGGAUCAAACCUGCAGUCAUGGCGAAAGUGCAGGUAUUGAACGAGGCCAUCAAGGAGAUUGGGAUGGGAAGGUUCCAGUACGAAUUGUUCUUUACGGCUGGCUUCGGAUGGUUCGCAGAUAAUAUAUGGCUUCAAGGCAUAUCCAUCCUGAAUCCCUCGAUCGGAAACGAAUUCAGAGGUCAACCUGGUGUCGGAAACAUCUCGUUGGCACUGUAUGCUGGCUUGAUUUUGGGAGCGACAUUCUGGGGCUGUUCAUGCGAUAUCGUUGGUCGAAAGAUCGCUUGGAACUGUACGCUCGUUAUUGGAGGUAUAUUCGGGAUAGCAGCCGGCGCAGCGCCAAACUUCAUAGCGUUGUGUGCGCUCAUCGCGAUGAUUGGCUUUGGAGUCGGUGGAAAUCUACCGGUCGAUGGGACGCUCUUUCUUGAAUUCAUUCCCGGAAGCCAUCAGUAUCUACUGACAUUGUUAUCCGUAUGGUGGGCGAUUGGACAAGUGGUUGGGAGUUUGAUAGCGUGGGCAUUCCUUGCCAAGUACGGGUGUGAUACGCCUCCUGCUGGCGAAUUCUGUUCUCGUUCCUCCAAUUCUGGCUGGCGAUACACUUUCUACACGCUCGGAGCGAUGAUGAUUGUCCUCUGGGUCGGUCGAUUCUUUCUCCUACCCGUAUACGAAUCGCCAAAGUUUUUAGCCAGUAUUGGAAGGGAUCAAGAAGCAGUGGAUACCAUUCAUCUCAUCGCCAAGCGCAAUGGCAAGGUCUCCAGUUUGACGCUGGACGACCUGAGAUCCGCCGCGGAACCAUACCUUGAUCCUGAACAUCAACAUCGAUAUGAAGAAACCAAAUCGGCUCCGGGAACGAAAAUGUCUUCUUGGCAAUUGUUCCGUCACUCUUUUGAUGACCUUUCGUUUGACCACGUCAAAGCGUUAUUCUGUACCCCUCGACUCGCAUGGUCUACCUCACUGGUCAUCUUCAUCUACGCUUCGAUCGGUCUCGCCUAUCCUUUGUUCAAUCAAUUCCUCGGUGCUUACCUCAGUGCUAAGAAUGCCAAUCUGGGCGAAGACUCACUCGACUCGACCUACUCUGCAUUCACGUACCAAGCCGCGUGUGGUGUUCCUGGAUCUAUCCUAGCCGCCAUCCUUGUCGAAUGGGGCAGAGGUGGAAGAAAGGUCGCCAUGGCUUUCUUCACCGUUGCCGCGGGAAUCUUCUUGUUCGGUUUGACUCAGGCCAAGACAAAAGCUCAAAUCAACGUCCUCACUUGCUUUGCAGCAUUAUGUGAGAAUGCCUUUUACGGCGUACUCUAUGGUUAUGCGCCCGAAGUCUUCCCUACGCCUUCUCGAGGCACGGGUGAUGCCCUCGCGGCAGCUUCGAAUCGAAUCACAGGACUCUUCGCGCCUGUCAUUGCGGUCUACGGCACUGCAAGUGUGGAAGGACCCGUGUAUGCCUCGGCAUCCAUCUUUGUCGUCACUGGCCUGGUGAUGCUGCUACUUCCUAUCGAGACACGAGGUCGCACAGCUCUGUGA